AUGCUCACACACUGCUGUCUUGAUCGCUUCGAAAUGACAGUGCGGACAGGUUCGAGGGUGUUGUCCGUCUUGAAUACGAUUAUCUACGUGGGUCUACUCGCCUUGAUUGUAUAUAGUUUGAUACUUGCAAAAUACUUGCCGACUCAACCAGAAGCCAACACUGAUUCCUUACUUUCGCAUGCAUUUUUGAAUGCUUGGUAUGGCCUUUUUGUGACCCUUGCCGUAGUCUGGGCUAUUGGGUGCCUCGUUUCCAUUUCCUUCGCCUGGGGAGCCUUCACGGGUCAACGCCGUUACAUUUUGCCUCACUUGGUGUUUAAAGGCAUCCUCCACGGAAUCGAAGGCGCCAUUUUUGUCUUCAUCAUUGUAAUUGCAGCAUCCGAUAAUUCACAGUGGCUAUUUGGACUCGCUGGUGCAUUCGCCUUUUCAUUGGCUCUUGGGAUAUACUUCUUUGUGGUGGUGCUGUCCUACUACAAGCAACUGGGACUUCCAAAGCAAACGGUGACACCUCCGGCUCCACCCCAAGUGCAACAGACUACUCCAGCUCCAGUGAUAGCGUUGCGCGAACAAAAGACUGUCGUGUAUACCCUUAAGGUACAGGAGACUAUGGCCGUUCAUUGCGUAUGA